CUGGGUGACGAUGGUAGGGGAACUUCCUCAAGUCUCUCUAUCCCCGGCGGGGAUGCUUUCGGUUCUGCCGGGAUUCCCGGAGGCAGCGCGGGGGAGAGCCGCGGAGGUCUCGGUGGCGAACCCCAGCACCCACUGAGAUCCCUGUCCCCUCUCUCCGUCCCCUUGGAACCUGCUGGCUCUUAGCCCGCCUCUCCGUGGCUUUUGUGGGUCCUGGGGACGAGAGGAAGGGCUCUCCUGAGGACCUCGGUCCUCCUCCAUGGGCGGAGGAGCGCCCUUAAACUCCCGCAGGGAAUUCGAGUCCUGGGAUUGUCCUGGGGAAAUCCUGAAGCGCGAGGAGCCAGGGGCACCGCCCCCCGGCUGGCCACGAUUGGUCCUCGAAGACUCCCGCCCCUUUCCUGGGCGGGGCCCCAGGCUGGGGCUGGGGAGUUACUGGACGCCGCGCACGAGUACCUGUGCCGCAGCCGCCGCGUCUCACCUCGCCAUGGUUCUUCUGCCUCUGCAGUGCGUCCUCUGGAGCUGCAUUUUGACCGCGGUCUACCCAGAGCCACCCACUGAAUGCAGAGAAAACCAGUACCUACUAAACAGUCAGUGCUGUACUAAGUGCCGACCAGGAGAGAAGCUGGUGAAUGACUGCUCAGCGCUCACGGCCACCCAGUGCCUUCCCUGCAGUAAAGGCGAGUUCUCUGACACCUGGAACAGAGACAGACGCUGUCACGAGCACAAAUACUGCGACCCCAAUCUAGGGCUCCGGGUCGAGAGGGAGGGCAACUCAGAGACAGACACCACCUGCACCUGCGAGGACGGCCGGCACUGUACCAGCAGCGCCUGCGAGAGCUGUGCCCAGCACACCUCGUGUGGCCCUGGGCUUGGGGUCAAGCGUCUUGGUACAGGGACUUCUGACACCAUCUGUGAACCCUGCCCAGACGGCUUCUUCUCCAAUGUGUCAUCUGCUUUUGAAAAGUGUCACCCUUGGACAAGCUGUGAAACCAAGGACCUGGUGGAACUCCAGGCGGGAACUAACAUGACCGAUGCUGUCUGUGGUUUCCGGAAUCGGAUAAGAGCCCUGGUGGUGAUCCCCAUCAUAAUGGGGAUCUUCCUGUUUGCCAUCUUCUUGGUGUUUAUCUAUAUCAGUGAGUCCCCAGGGAAGGUGGCCAAGAAGCCGAAGGAUAAGGCCCUCCAUCCUCCUGAGACUCAGUGGCAGGAUCCUGUGGAGAUGAUUUUUGUGGAGGAUUUUGCUGGCCACAACCCCGCUGCUCCAGUGCAGGAGACCUUGCACGGGUGCCAGCCGGUCACCCAGGAGGACGGCAAAGAGAGCCGAGUGGCAGUGCAGGAGAAGCAGUGAGGCUGGGCCUGCUUGGGACAUGGCCGCGCACAGGGCACCCGGCUGGGAGCCGGGAGCUGCUGCAAGGGGUGACAGUGAGGGCGAGGGGAGGCCACCGAUCAGGCACAGCACCCGCGCCUCCACCUCUGCCGUUCGAGAGGAACCCUAGCACUGGACACAGGCACACUGGACACUGGAACUUCCCACCACAUGCCUGGAGCUUAUCCAGUUGCCCAACUUGCUUUGCUUUUAGAGAUGGAGGGAAAACCUGGGGACGUAGGGGGAAGACAGUCAUAUCCACCAAGCCUUCCAGCCCAGCCGAGCCGUCUGGCACCCAGAGACGCAUCAUGGCUUCCACGUGCCCAGGAGGUUCACACACGCGUGUCCAUUGCAGCUUUUUUUGUAUGUGGUUGUGAAUGACUGGAGGCCACUCCACUGUCCAUCAGCAGAGGACUGGCUAAAUAAAAUGGUAAUAUAUUUAUACAACAGGAUCUCAAAAACAUUGCCAAAUGAAAAAACAAAAGCAAGCUGUGGAACAUUAGAUAUAAAAACUUUUUAAAUGCAUAUACCCGUAACAAUAUGAUAUGUGCUACCUAGAGUAUGCAAUAAUGUAUGCAAUAUACGUGUAUAUAUACAAUAUACAGUGUGUCCAUAUAGAAGAAUAUUUAUGAAUCAAUGUAUAGAUACAAUAUGCAUUAUAUCUGUAGGUAGAAAAGGAUACACAGAAAACCUAAACUGGAAGAGUGGUGAUGUCUGGCAAAGCCAGACUCAGCAAUGGUGAGCACCUCAGUGGGACCCUGUCUCUAAAUAAAAUACAAAAUAGGACAGGGGAUGUGGCUCAGUGGUCCAGUGUCCCUGAGUUCAAUCCCCGGUACAAAAA